AUGGCAGAUAGCAACAGUUGUCAAGGAACUACAUUAAUAACGAGUUUUUCUUAUCACAAUUUGACAAAACGAGUAUCGGGAGGAUCUGAUAUACAGGAAAUUAAACUAUGGCCCUGGCAGGCAUUGAUAACAUAUAAUCCUUCUGUGUGGCCAUAUUCUGAUUCUUUUUGUGGUGGUAUCAUCAUUGGUAAAACAAAGGUACUAACAGCCUAUCAUUGCACUAUUAAAUCAUUGCAGACACACGAAGUGUUUCAGAAUGAAGAUGUGAUUAUCACUGUAGGGGUUCUCAAUAAAACAAGUGCUUAUGAGAGUACAAGAGCUGUUUACUCUGUGAAAGCAAUUUAUAGACUGUCUGUAAUAUCAACAAAUAGAGAUGUCUCUAUCAUAGAGCUAACUGAGGAAAUAAAUUUCACUGAACAUGUGAGACCAAUUUGCUUACCAAUGAAGAGUCAUGACUCUCACCCUACUCCAGGCACUGAAUGUAUUGUUAGUGGAUAUGGCUGGACAAGUUCGUCUGGUCCAUCUGCUAACAUUCUUCGUCAAGGGACCGUUCAAAUAGUUAGUUGGGAUGAAUGUAGGAAUCACUUCACUUUCAUAUCAAGUGAUACAAUGUGUACCAGCUCAGGAGAAGAGGGUAUAGGCUCUUGUCCAAAUGAUAGUGGGGGACCAUUAGCAUGUCGGAGGAACAAUGGUCAGUGGGUAGUGUUUGGUAUUGUCGGUGGUGGAAACUGUGCCAUGACUAAUGGAUAUAACUAUUACAGCAAUGUUUCAAGUAAUCUUGCAUGGAUAAAGUUUCCAAGUAACUAAACUAUUUUUUAUUUUAAUGAUUUCAUUUCAGCCUGUAUCAUUUAAUCAUAUCAUUAUUCUGUCGUUUUAAUUAAACUUUGAAAUUAAUGUUA